UUUCCAGUCUGGUGUUAGCAUAGUUAGCUUCCUGACGAAGGCGAAACUGUAGUUGUUUUUAUAACACAUUUAUGAUCGACAUCUAUCAUAAACAGACAUUUUCUUCGCGUCAUACCAGUACUAUGAUCACCUAUCGUUUUAUCUAUUUCUGAUCAUGUUACAGUGUAACUGUAGCUGCUUCUAGCUGCAACUGCUGUUUUUGCUGACAACGGUCAUAAUGGACCACCAUCAAUCCCAUAAUCCCAGUUCCAGCAAUCACCAGCACCAGUCAGCACACAAGAGAGAAAGAAAUGACAACUGGAGAAGUUCUUCUGUGAAGAAACUCUCAAAACCAAACCACUACCAGAAUCCAUCAGAAUCUGCUGCUAGACAAAUUCCUGUGACAUCUCAUACUUUGAGUACCAGACGGGAACAUUUUGAAAAAGACUUUCCCUUGUACAAACAGCCUGUUGAAAUUGGAUGCUUUUCCCUGGACUCUGAGCGGAGAUUCUACAAUGACAACAGACAGAUGAGGUACUAUGUGGAACCUGACAGAAAUCCAAACUUUGACCUGCGGGAUGGAUACAGAGACCGCUACAGAAAGAGAGACGAUGGUGUGAAAGAGAAGCUGGAUCACAUGCUGCACUGGAUUUUAGCCAAUAGAUUGAAGCUUCAGCCAAGUGCGCCCUCAACACGUCUUUUACACGCUGACUUUGUCACAUGGCGAGGUCACCUGACAAAACUGCUGACCACUCCCUAUGAGACACGAGAAGGUUGGCUGCUGGCCGUCACCAGGUUCAGAGGCACCUUUUACAUCAGUGAGGUGGAAACAGAAGCUGCUCGCAGAGAACAGGAAAACCGCACUGAGAGGCACGAGGAGAUGAUGUACUGGGGCUACAAGUUUGAACAGUACACCUGCACAGAUGACACCCACAGUCUACCUGACCCCAGUGGAGUGGUCAACACCAACGAGGCCUUCUGCACAGUGGUGCAGACUCGAUUGGCAGACCACAAACUGCUGUUUUCUGGUGAGGUGGACUGUCGAGAUAAAGAUCCUGACGCUCCACCUCCACCCAGCUGCUAUGUGGAGCUGAAGACCUCUGCUGAGAUCUGCACGCCCAAACAGCGCAGCAACUUCCACAGGUUCAAACUGCUGAAGUGGUGGGCACAGAGCUUUCUUCCCGGGGUCCCACGGGUGGUGGCAGGAUUUCGGGAUGAGGAAGGUGUUGUCGUUUCUGUGGAGACUUUCCACGUGUCAAAGAUCUCCUCUCUCAUCAGGAAUGAACACAACUGCUGGAAGCCGACUGUCUGCAUGAACUUUUGCUGCGACUUUCUGACGUUUGUGAAACACGUGGCUGUUGAAGACGAUCCUGAUGUGGUGUAUCUGUUCUCCUGGGAUCCUCGCAGAGAUGUGACCUACUCCAUUCACAGAAACUCCCACUAUUCAUUCCUUCGUCACUGGUACAUCAAGGAGAUGACCAGUGAGGGAGACCCGGACCACCACUGAUCGAUGAAAUCCCUGCUGCUCUGACGUAAUAUUUCCUGCAUUAGAGAAUUUCUUAUCAACAUUUUAGCAUUUGGUUACACUGAUGAAAUAUUUGAAAAACAACUCCAUGCAUAGGACGAGUAGUUUCAUAAGCUUUUAUAUUUUCAGGUUAUUAAUAUUUACUAUCACUUAUUAAACUCACAAACAGUCAUAAGUUGGUUUUAAACUAUAUUACAACACUUCUUUAAAAACUUCAAGCAAGUUAACUAAAUGCAGCAUCAGUGUCCUGAAAACUGUAGAACUCUAUGGAAAAGUUUGUAUUUUUUAAAUAAAUGUUUCUUUUCUUGGUA